GCAAUUUAUAGCUUUGCAAAUUGAUUAUGUAGAAACGUGGUGUUCCGUGGAAGGCGAUUUUACUGUCUCCUGUUGUUUGGGCUUUCGUUGCUGCUCAUUUUUGUCAGAAUUGGGGAUACUACACUUUACUUACUACGUUACCAACUUAUAUGAAGGCAGUUCUGGGGAUUGAAUUACUUGCUGUAAGUAUCGGAUAUAUAUAGCCAGUAGACUAUUAUCACAGUGGGUUAACUUUAUAAAGUGCUCCUCCCCCAAAACUCCUAAAAAGCAUCCUAAUGACAUAUGAAUAGUGUAUAUAUGUAUUUACAAUAUUUAUAUUUUAUGAAUGUUUCAUACCCUAUUAUUCACAGUAAGCAAAUGACCGAUAUUUUGUGCUAUUUUGUCUUAAGUCUUGCGACCGAAAAAUGCAAUAACUGGAAACAUUGGCACAUAAUUUCGCAAUAUCUCAUUAUUCACAAAGCGUGCAUGCAUGUGUGAACAUAUUAUGUAAAACUGCUAACAGACGACAACUAUGAUGUUUAUUACUUUGCAAUCAGAGGAUUGAUGGAAUGAUGGCUUUCUUUCCUUUCUGUUGCUGCUUUUGAUGCUUGUAUAUCACCUUAGUUUUAAUGAUUAUCUUACCUUUAGACUGGUUUCUUAUCAGCUCUUCCAUACCUUGUCAUGACAGGAGUUCUUCAUUUAAGUGGCUUCACAUCAGACUUUGUUAUAGCAAAACGAUUCUGUACGACCACGUGUGUCAGAAAAAUAUGUGUUUGCAUAGGUAAGAAAAAACAUCUGACUCGAAAAAUCGACAUAAAUUACUGUAUGCUACAGUAUGUGUUAUCUUAAAUUAAGCCAUCACAUACUGUAUAUAUGCUAUGGCUUAAUUUUUAUCAAGCGCGUAGAUCUUAUUACAGGGCCGAUCAUAAUAUAUAUAAUAUAUACCGGGUGGCGCAAAAAAGUUGCCCUGUUUGAUUUUUUUAAACUUAAAAACUAAAAGAGUGUUUCACUUAAACUACGCGCAUUGCAUUCAGUAUUGUCUAACUUAAAUUUUGACAUACGCCCUAGGUGCAUUUUCGUGCAAUAUUGACCGAGAGAGCUGCGUUUAAACUUGAUUAACCAUUUUUGAAAGUGUCGAGAAUUAGCCAAAAACAGCCUAUCAAAUACUAAUACAGCAAUAACCUGUGUUUAGACACACUAUAUAGUCAGAAAGUACACGUUCGUUUUCAGAGACCUGCCCAACGCCGCCGGAAUAACCUCACGAGCAUUAUUUACUCUUGCAUACUCUAACCAUGCAUAUCGAAACUCUUUGGUCCUUCGUUAAACGAGGCGUAUUUAUAAAAAAACACGUGACGUUUCUUUAUUGGAACAUCAGAAUUUGAUUCCCCAGGGUCAUUGAAUAUUUAGCAUAAAUCUUUCAAACAAAAUCGCGUCAUAAGUUAAUUUUCAUGCAUUCCCAAAGAUUUAAAAAAAAAGAAAAGAGCACAUCCAUCCAAUAAACAUUUUUAACUUAAACUUCACUUCAUUGAAACGAAUAUUUACGAUAAAAUGGUAACGGUUAUCAAAUCAGUUUAACAGGCCGUUUUUAGCUAAUUCUCGACACUUCCCAAAAUGUUUAUUCAAGUUUAAACGCAUGUGCAGCUCUCUCGGUCAAUAUUGCAUAAAAAUACACAGGGCGUAUAUCAAAAUUUAAGUUAGACAAUACUGAAUGCAAUGCACGUGGUUUAGGUGUAAUAGCUCUUUUAGUUUUUAAGUUAAAAUAAAUCAAACAGGGCAACGUUUUUUUGCGCCACCCGGUAUAAAACAUGAGCAUGCAGUCAGUCGAUCAGUAAGUGAUUUAUCACAUUGUUGUUUCUCGGACUUACAUUAUAGGUUUCGUAUUUCAAGCCAUAUUCACAGUGUCUGUUGGCUACACAACAAACGUAGAUGUGGCUGUAAUAUUAUUGACUUUUGGAGUUGGAAUGGGAGGUUUUGUAUGGAGUGGAUUCAGUGUAAAUAUGAUUGAUAUUGCACCAAGAUAUGCAGGUUUAUUGAUGGGAAUUUCAAACUGUAUUGCAACUUUACCUGGUAUAGUAGGACCACCAAUUGCAGGAGCUCUAACACCGAACGAGGUAUGUUUAAGAUUAUUUGUAAAAGUAUAAUUGCACUUGACUGUGAAAAUUGAAAAUCGCCUACAAUGCAAUCGCCAUUAUUAAAACAUGAUAGUACAAAGUAGAGUACAUGUAAAUAGUACAAAAAAGACUAGACUAUAACAAAGGUAUACUUUUUGCUAAACAGACUGUUGCAGAAUGGCGAUCCGUAUUCUACAUUUCUGGUGGUAUCUCGCUACUUGGUUGUAUUUUAUUUGGUCUUCUUGCAUCCAGUAUAAAACAAGAAUGGAAUGAUAAUGAAUAUAAAGUUAUACCCUCGUCCCCUAUCAACUCACCAGAUUGAAUCUUUUCAUAUCAUCUCCUGCUGGUAAUUCAUAAUAAUUUUGGAUUGUACAAAAGCUAGUGAUAAAUGAAAUUUGACUCUGUUCUCAGGACCAUGCAGUAAUACCGACCCGCUACCGUAGAUGAAAGAGCCUAGGAACGAGGUUGAACCGCUAUCUCCAUGCAAUUAAAACCUAAACAUUAAAUUUUACGCUUCAUCUUAAACUUAACAUUUUAUCCUGUAGGAAGAAUUUGUUGUUAAAUAGGAAUCUUAUAAAAAUUAGUGUAAGAUGUGGAAGGUUAAUAUAUAAUUUGUAUAAGUAUAUAAUAUGUAUGGUUUUGAGUGCAAUUUGGGAAAAAAACAUGCAUGCAUGAGUGAGUUUUUCAAAGACGAUCUAAGAGUCUUUGAAAAAUUCACGAGUGUAUGUUUUCCCAAAUUGCACGAGAAACCAUAUUAAUACCAUUAAUAAUAAUAUACAAUGCAUGAAAAAAUUAUGCAGAAGCCAAUUCAUGAUCAUUUGCAUAGUUGCAUGUAUAAAACACAUGCAAAAACAUUUUUGGCACUGUAUUUGGAUAAAAUUGCGCUGAAUUGGAAAUCAGAACUAAGAAAUCAAAGUCAAGCCAAUCAGAAUUGAGAAAUUUUUUAUGUAUAUUAUUAUAUUAACCUAAAAACAUGAUACUAGCCUCUUCACUAAGUCUAUAUUUUAUUGAUUCAAUGAAAUUGAAUUGUGUGAAUAUAUUUCUGAUUACAUAAAGAUUACGACUGCAUAUAGAAUGUGCAAAUUAUGAUUAUAAAUGCAUGUAUAUUGUUUUGGUUAUACAUGUGAUUAUAAGAGUAUAUAGUAUAAAUUAUUAAAUACCAGAGUCAAUAUUGGUAUAGUGUUAGUAUUAUUUAAUACAAUUAUAAAAUUCGUUGAAAUUAAAUAAAAUAUAUUAUUCUAAGGGCUCGACAUCGUCCUCAACCUCCCAUUGAUAGUAUUGUUGUUGGUCAUGAGACCAUCAUUCAAACUCAGUGUGCGAGAAAUAUUGGAGCACUAUUUGAUAAUACCCUAACAAUGGAACAGCAAAUUUCUGCUAUUUGUAAAUCCGCCAUUUUUCAAAUCAGAAAUGUUG